AUGCUUGAUCUUGCCGAUUUUGUCUCCGAUCGCGGUGGGAAUCCGAAUAAGAUCAAGGAGAGCCAGCGGAAGCGAUUUGCACCAGAAAAUGUGGUCGAUGAAGUGAUUACUCUCUAUGAGGAGGCUCGUCGAGCGCGUUACGAAGUCAUGCAAAUAGGAUCAGAGCUCAAUGCGCUCCAAAAAGAAAUCGGAAAGCGAAAGAAGAAUAAAGAGGAUGCGGGUGUCUUGAUGGAACAGAAGGCCGCUCUGGAAAAACGGAAAAAGGAGGCUGAAGAGCAUGCCUCUGAACAGGAAAGCAGGAGAGAUCGUAAGAUUCGGACAAUUGGGAACUAUGUUCAUGAGUCAGUGCCUGUGAGCAAUAAUGAGGAUGACAAUGUGGUGGUCAGAACGUGGGCCCCGGAAAACGUGGUGGUAGAGAAGCGCAAUUGUCUUUCUCAUCACGAAGUCCUCACCCGCCUUGAUGGGUACGAUUCGGAGCGUGGUGUUAAAAUUGUUGGCCACCGUGGAUAUUGUUUGACAGGCUACGGUCUGUUCCUAAACCUGGCUCUUAUCAACUAUGGUCUUGAAUUUCUUUGGCGGAAAGGGUACAAACCCAACCAGCCGCCUCAAUUCAUGCUCAAAGAGUUGAUGGCGAAGACCGCGCAACUCGAGCAGUUUGAUGAAGAGCUGUACAAGGUGACUGAGAGCGAUGACAAGUCUACCGACAAGUAUCUCAUAGCCACCUCUGAACAACCGCUGUCGGCCCUGCACGACGGAGAAUGGAUCCAGGACAAAGAUCUUCCAAUCAAAUAUGCCGGGUACAGCACAUGCUACCGAAAGGAGGCCGGUGCUCAUGGAAAAGAUGCCUGGGGUAUCUUCCGUGUCCAUCAAUUUGAGAAGGUCGAACAAUUCGUUCUUACCAAGCCUGAAAACUCAUGGCAAGUUUUUGAAGAGAUGAUGGCCACGUCAGAAGAGUUUUAUCAGUCGCUUGGUCUUCCAUAUCAGGUCGUCGCUAUCGUUUCAGGCGCCUUGAACAAUGCCGCGUCGAAGAAAUACGACCUCGAGGCCUGGUUCCCGUUCCAGGGUGAAUACAAGGAAUUAGUUUCUUGUUCCAACUGCACCGACUACCAGGCGCGAGCUCUGGAAAUCCGCUAUGGCACAAAGAAAGCCACUGAUGUCAAGAAAUCCUAUGUCCACGCGCUCAAUGCUACGCUAUGUGCUACAGAGCGUACGCUUUGUUGCAUCCUUGAAAAUUAUCAAACCGAUGAUGGAUUCAAUGUGCCCGAGGCUCUGAGGAAAUAUAUCCCCGGCGCUCCCGAAUUCUUACCGUACACCAAGGAUCUUCCUAAAGACACGACAUCCCAUAAAUCCAAAAGCAGACAGGACAUUAAAACUGCAGCCGGCACCGGGGAAGCUACCAAGAAGCUACAGGACCUUCGGGUCUAA